AUGGGCAAGAAGCCAGCAGGUCCCGCCUACGUCCUGGGCGUGGGUAUGACCAAGUUCAUCAAGCCCCGUGGCAAGGUUGAUUACCACGAGCUUGGAUUUGAGGCUGGUGUCAAAGCCAUGUUGGAUGCUCACAUCAACUACGACGAUGUCGAGCAAGGUGUCGCCUGUUAUGUGUACGGGGACAGCACCUGCGGCCAGCGCGUGUUCUACCAAUUCGGACUGACUCAGAUUCCCAUCUACAAUGUCAACAACAAUUGUUCCACCGGCUCUACCGGUCUGGCCAUGGCCCGCACCAUGGUCUCUCAUGGAGCCGCGGAUUGUAUCCUAGUCGUCGGGUUCGAGAAGAUGAGCCCAGGCAGUCUCCAGUCGGUCUAUAAUGAUCGCGCCAACCCGACAGGCUUGUUCGGUUCGAUGAUGGCAGAGACCAGAGGAGUCACCAACGCCCCCGGGGCAGCCCAGAUGUUUGGGAAUGCUGGUCGUGAAUAUAUGGAGAAAUACGGUGCUAAAGCGGAAGACUUUGCUGAAAUUGCCCGGAUCAACCACGAGCACUCGAAACGCAACCCCUACUCACAGUUCCAGGACGAGUAUACGCUCGACCAGAUUCUCAAAGCGCCCAAGAUCCACGAGCCCCUCACUAAGCUGCAGUGUUGCCCGACCUCGGAUGGAGCGGCUGCCGCAGUCAUCGUUUCUCAGGCAUUCCUCGAUGCACGUCCACAUCUCAAAGACCAAGCCAUCCUCAUUGCGGGUCAGCAGCUCUCAACGGACAACAGCACGGUCUACAACCGCAGCUCCAUCGACUUGAUGGGUUUUGGAAUGUCCCGCGGGGCAUGCCAGGCCGCGACUGCGGAGGCGGGGGUCAACGUGAAGGAUAUCAAGGUGUGCGAGUUGCAUGAUUGCUUCUCCGCCAACGAGAUGAUUACCAUCGAUGCUCUCGAGCUGUGCGAGCCUGGCAAGGCACACGAGAUGGUCCAGAAGGGUGACAUAACCUAUGGGGGCAAGAUGGUUAUCAACCCCUCAGGUGGACUCAUCUCUAAAGGCCACCCGUUGGGUGCCACGGGUCUAGCGCAGUGUGCCGAGCUGGUCUGGCACCUGCGCGGCUGGGCCAACAAUCGGUUGAUCGAUGGGACGGAUGCCGCAUUGCAGCACAACUUGGGGUUAGGUGGUGCCGUUGUGGUGACGGUGUACAAGCGGGCCGAUGGCAAGGCCGCAACGCCGGUGCCGUCGCAUGUUGUUGCUACGAUUACAGGUCUUGGCUACAACCCGGCUGUGGAGGCCAAGGGCUUCACGGCGGAACAGGCCAAGUCGGUGCAGAGCAAGAACCACAGCGACAAGUGGGCAUUAGCGGACACGCAGGAGAGGGUUCUGGCGCGUUUCUAA